GCUGCUCUUCUGUUCUUCUGAUAUCUGUAUCUUCUCGCGGCUUGUCUUCGCGUUCUCGCUGCAAGGCAUCUGUCGCGCAGGACAACCGAGAGUCGCUCAAUCAUCGCAUAUAUCCUCGAGCCCGAACGCUCCUCCGCACAAACCUCCUUCAAGCCACCAGCAUGUCCGUACUCACCGCCGAGGCCACCGCAGCCCCCGCGCCCGCCCCCGCGCCUGCGCCUGCGCCCGACGCGCCGCGCCGCUCGUCGAUCGACGCCACCAUGUUCCCGACGAUCAUGGACACGAUCAUCACGCACGCGGACCGGCCCACGCGCUUCGCGGUGCGCGCGACAUCCCGCGAACACCGGGACCGGGUGGAUGCGGCGCUGUGCGCGCACCUCGCGCUGUUCGCCGAAGGCCUGGUUGCGCUGACGACGUCGGACGGGGAGGUGGUGCCGUGCAUCCGCGCGGUGGGCGCGGGCGGCCAGCGCGUCCCCGGCCUCAAGUGGAGCGCGUACGAAGCGUCGGAACGCGCGCGCUUCCUCGCGCUGCUGCGCCACGCGCGCGUCCUCGAGCUCGACGGCCGCGCGGGCCUGCACUCGCUCAGCCACUUCCUGACGGGCGUGCGCACGGUGCGCUGCCGCCGCGGGCGCGCCAGCGAGCUCCCCCUCCCGUUCGCGUACCACACCCUCGAGAGCGAGGUGGCGCUGCAGUGCCCCGCCGACAUCGGCGUGGGCGGCAUGCGGUGGCGGCAGCCGCCGGUCGCCGAGGCCGUGUUGGCGCCGCCGCUCGCAGGCGCCGCGUCGGCAUGGCGCGUCAGCGUGCGCUUCGACCCCGAAGAGCCCGGCCUCUGUGGCGCGCGCAUCGGCCUCCGUGCGCCGCCGACGGUGCGGGAUGUGUGCCUCGAGUUCCGCCCGCUCGCUGCCGGCGAGCUGCGCCGCUCGCGCGACCCCGCGCCCGAGCCGCGCGAGCUCGGCAUGCUCGCGGACGCGGUGGCGAUGGCUGCCCACUGUAUCGAGCGCGCGCACUUUACAAUCGCGCUCGACGCGCGCUCCUGCGACCCCGCGUGGGUCAGCUGGCCCCGCGACGAGAUGGCGCCCGGUGAGCUUGUAGGCGCCGUGUAUCGCGCUGUGCGGCGGGUGGCGGGGGACUUCAUUGGCGACGCGGACGGCGUCGACGCCGCCAUGCGUCGCUUCCGCUUCGUUAGCGAGCUCGAGAAUGACGAACCCAAGGCGAUGUUGUAGGAGAGUGCGAGCGGUGAGGCACAAGCUGAAGCCGGCGCCCGGGCGCCGCCCGUCCGAUUGUUUGCGUAGAAUAUACACAACAAGCUACAGUUGUACAGAACCAAGAGAGUUGUAGACAGUCGUGUGUUAGUGUAGAAACGUACAAAUAUCUAAUUCUAGUUGUACGGAACGUAUGCAACCUAGCCGCUACAAGGUGA